GCUUGAAAUGGUAGUGUCGAUUAGUGAUGGGUCAUGCGCACAAGCAUCGGCUCUGAGAGCCGGCUCUUUGUAGUGAAUCAGAAGAGCCGGCUCGCAUCGAGUGAGAGCCGGCUCCCAGUUUUUUGCCCAUUCGCUGCUUAGGUUUCACUUUCACAGAGGUCUGUUAUGAUUGGCCAGCAUGGCGACCAGCAUGCGGCAUUCACGUGAGAAUUAAGGAUGUGUAAACAGAGAGGGGGCGGGGCAGACACACCACUUGACUCCACUGCAAGUGAAGAGAGAGACAGAGCGGACUGAGGAGCGUGUGUGCGUCUUGCAUUGUCGUGUCGUUUAACUAUGAGUGACACUAGAAAGCGAAGCAGCAUCUGGCUGCAGUUUAAAGAUAUUGGGAACAAGAAAGCAGAGUGCCUUCACUGCAAAACGAAGGUCACUAUAAGAGCAGGUUCCACCACAAACCUGCAUAGACAUACAAGAACUGUCCAUCCUACAGUGCAGUUAGAGGAGAGAGGGCAAGCCAGCUCACCAUCUACUGAUCCUGGUGUGUCUCAUACCAGAACAACAGCUGCUGUAACGUCUACUGCCAUCCCCAUGCGUGCAAGUAUAACCUCUCCUACUGCAACUCAAAGCAAAAUAAGUCAGUUUUUACCUAAACUGAUGACCCCAGCCAAACAGCACAGUAUUGAUGAUGAGUUGGCUAAAAUGGUAGCUUCUGAUUUUCAACCCUUUUCCAUUGUGGAGGACAAAGGAAUGAAAAACUUUGUCAAAGCCCUAAAUCCCACAUACACUCUACCCAGUAGAAAAACACUUUCCCAAACAAUGAUCCCAAAACUAUAUGACACAGAACGUGCAUUAUGGCAAGAAAGGGUGACAAAAGCUCCAUCAGUUUGCCUGACAACUGACUGCUGGACCUCCAGAACAACCUGCUCUUUCAUGUCUGUCACUUGCCACUUUAUUGAAGAUUACAAGAUGACAUCUUGCCUUCUGGACUGCUUCGAGUUCACCGACAGACACACUGCAGAAAACUUGGCAGUGGAGCUACUAAGAGUGGCAAAAGAGUGGCAAGUAGAGGACAAAGUGGUGUGCUGUGUGAGUGAUAAUGCUGCAAACAUCACCAAAGCCAUAAAAGUUUUGAAGUGGACCCAUCACCCAUGUCUGGCGCAUACACUAAACCUGGUGGUUAGAGAUGCUCUGAAGGUGAUCAAAACAACCGUGGAUAAGGUGAAGGCUGUUGUGGAGUUUUUCCACAAAAGCACAGUAGCAGCACAGAAGCUAAAGUCCACACAGCGCCAAAUGGGGAUUCCUGAACUGAGGCCCAAACAAGAGUGUGCCACCAGGUGGAACUCAACAUUUGAUAUGUUGAAACGAAUGCUUGAAAUAAAAGAUGCCAUCAUCUCCACCCUGGCCCUCAUCAACGCAUCUAUUGAGCCAUUAAGCCAAGAGGAAUGGGAGCUGGUGAAAGAGGUCUGCGCCGUCCUGCAACCAUUCCAGGAGGUGACUGUGGAGAUAAGUGCAGACAGCUAUGUCACAGCCUCGAAAAUGCUCCUGCUUUGCAAAGGUCUGCAGCUGGUGACAGCCGAGAACCAAUGGACAGUAACUGUGCAGAAAGUGAAGGAAUUAGUUGCAGCUCUUUGUUCAGCCAUGGACCGCAAAUUUCUGCGGAUGGAGUACAACACUGUCCUUUCAGAAACUACCUUAUUGGAUCCAAGGUUUAAAAAACUUGCCUUCAGUGAUCGUAGAGCUGUUGAUGAAGCUCUUCAGAGGAUUAGUGCAGCAGCAGCAGCAAAAUGCACCCCCAGCAGCCAGCCAGCUCCACCAUUACAGGGCCAAGUGGAGGAGGAGCAGCAAACCUCUGCUGUUUGGAGGCUUUUUGAUGACAGAGCUACAGGAGAUGCUUCAAGGAGAAAUCCGACAGCUGAUGCUAUAAUGGAGGUGAGGAGCUACCUUGAGGAGCCCCUCAUCCAGAGAGCAGAAGACCCACUGAGCUGGUGGCAGGCCAAGGCCUCAGUCUUUCCACUCCUGGUGAAGGUGAUGGAGGGGAGACUAUGUAUUGUUGCCACAUCAGUUCCUUCUGAGAGAAUCUUCUCCAAAACAGGGCAGAUACUCACGGAGAGGCGAAAUCGUAUCAGGCCUAUCAGCCCAUCCAAGCUGAGGCAUCUGAUCUUCCUGAAUGCCAACCUGCCCUGAGGACUAAUGCUGUUUGCUGGAGUUUGGUUCUGGUUUUGAUUCUGUUCUGUGGAUUUGUUUGAAGUUUAUUGUUAAUUUGUGCAAUAAAAAAGUUUAAUUGAAAUAAACAAAUGUAAGAGUGGUUUUGUCACAGAAUAAAUGCACAGAAUUAGGCAUUAUAAGGUCUCUCAUAAAAACACUGAAAGCAAAAGGGUUUUCAACACAUAAACCAUGAUUUUUUUUCAAAGUUAAGGUAAAAUAUAGGCUACAAAAGAUCCUAAAUAAAGAGCCGUUCGGGAGUCGAAAGAGCCGGCUCUUCUUUGGGAGCCGAGUCAAAAGAGCCGGCUCUCAGAAAAGAGCCGAACUUCCCAUCA